AUGGUGCAUGUGCCGAAGAAGCUGAACGUGCAGAGUUUCCCUCGCCCGCCGCGCCUCGAGCAGGUAUCGAGACAUAUCAGGGUCACUUGGGAAGGGCAGGAAAUUGCAAAUACCGAGAAUGCCUACUGGGUGCUGGAAACGCACCACCCGCCAACUUACUACCUCCCGCCUUCCUCCAUCAAGAUCCCUCUCACCCCGACGGACAGGCAAACUUGGUGCGAGUGGAAAGGUGCGGCAACUUAUUACACCGUCCAGUCCCCGCUGAACGGAAGCGUUGUGUCGAACCGCAUCUGGUCGUACGAACGUCCCACGGACGGCUUCGCGGCCAUCAAGGGCUAUUUGUCACUGUACGCGGGCCCAUGGGAGUGCUUUGUGGAUGGGGAAAAGGUCAAGGCGCAGCCAGGUGAUUUCUACGGAGGGUGGGUGACCUCGGAAGUUGAGGGAAUCAUCAAAGGCCGAAACGGGAAUUGGGAUCCCUUGUGA